CGUCCCUCCAUUGAGUUUAAACUUGCCACCCAAUCGAACCCUUCUCCCACGCAUUUACCGUGAACAAUCAUGGGGAACGGUCGAGGACGCGGAAGGGGCGGAAGGGGCGGAAGAAGCAGUUAUCCCACCAGAGGCCAUCGGGGUCGGUCUCGGGGCGGUGGAUAUCAAGGUGGCGGAUCUUCUGUGCUGGAUAGCGGAUAUCAGGGUUUCGCAAGCAAUAGCUAUUAUGGCUAUGCCAACCAACCCUCUCAUAUACCAGCAGUUGUGAGCGACGGUGGUUCUUUCGGGAAUAUCAGUCAUGGCUUUCAUGGUCUUCGUAGUUCCCAAGAUGCGCCAUAUACACUUGUGGAUGAAGCACAGAAUACGGGACACCACCUCAGGGAUUGGGGGAGCACUUCCGCGCUUCGCCACUCGGCUGUCAAGUUUGUUCCGUCCUCUACAGGCAAUUUAGUCCUGACGGACCUGUUCAAACCAUUGAAUCUCGCUGUCAGCCCGGAAAAGCAGGAGGAAAACACUUCUGAUGGCGGUGUAGAAAAAAAUACCUCUCCAGAUCUCGACCCAUCCGUCACAUCCGCGAAUAUGGAUAAGCUUCAAGAAGAUUUAUCUCAAAUUGUUAAAAUGUCUAGAUUGAAGCUCAGCAACACGAGGACCCACACCCGUGCCGAACAAGAUUUGGUUACUGGAACGGCCUCGGUAACUCCUGGAUUUGUGAUUGAUCUUACCGGGGACCCUAGCCUAUCACCUAAGCAAGAAGUUCCUGGCCGUGUAGAUUCACCUACUCUAUCUACUUCUUCUAGUGAAGAGAUUGUUUUUGUUCCGCGAAGAAAUCGUGGUGAUACUGCUGCGAAGGCAUCCGCUAGAGUGACCUCUGGACCUCCAGGAGGACAACAACCGAAGGAGCAGGUGGCUCAUAUUAAGGCCUCAGAGACCGUCGCGCAACUGACGCCAAUAGACAGGCCAGAUAUCCGGACGGACCCGACAACUAGGUUUCAGUUUGGGGUGAAAGCAAGCGUUGCUGUUGCGGAUUCCGUUCACAAACCUCCCCUGUGUCUUGCAGAGGUGUCGAGUGACACGGAAGGUCCUGUGGAAGUAUUGUGUGUGGUUGGGAAUGAAAGGGCUGAGAGGUCAAUAUCCGGUAAGAGAAAAGGGAAAGGCGCGGGUCGAAAAAGGAAGGACAAUGACGAAGACGAUGAAGCCCUCAGAGACUAUCAGGAAAAUGUUUUGGCGCAAAUGCUUGCUGAGAGGGCAGAGGAAGCGGGCGAGAGUUCUAAUACGAUUCGUACUGGAAAUCUUGCUGAUGAGAAUGAUUGGCUCGACGCAACGGAUUUGGAUGAGAAGGCGGAGGGUGAGGCUGUCAUUGACGAGUACAAGAGAGAGCUAUGGGAACCAGAAUAUCUUCAGGACCUGGACCUUCUUGACACGGCGAGCGAAGGGCCUCACGGUAUUGUCAAAGCAGUCCUCGGGAAGAGACAACGCCCCAGUGGUUUACAAUACAUGGUUAUAUGGCAGAACGAUGAAACAGAAACCCCAAAGUGGGUAUUGGCGGAAAAAUUAGAUUCGAGUUCAGAUCACAAGAUUAAAGAAUUUCUCGUUCUUGAAGAGAAGAAUCUUGUAGAAGAAUUUUCAUCCUCUGAUGACAGUGACGACGAGGAGGAUGAUGAAGACCUUAAGCUUGCUAGAUUGCUUCAGAGAAAAGAGGAGUUAGGCAUUGUAGAUGGUUCUGAUCUUGAUAGUCUCGAUGCUGAAAUCAUGGAGCUCGAUGCCGACUUCUUUCCUUUGGGUAAAACAGGGAAGAAAAAGACAAAGAGGCGCAGAAGGGGUAAUGAUAUCGACCCAGAAGACUUUGUGCCCGACCCUAGCACUGGCCAUUUCCCCUCCGCCUCAUGGAUGGCAGACUCUUAUGAGGGUUUCGACGUCAUGGAAUGGGACAGGCCCAGUUUAGCAAAACGCAAGGGCAAAGGAAAGCAGCACUCGCUUAACCCGUUUGAUUCCGAGCAAGAGGAGGCGCUGCGGGCAACUUGGGUAAAAGACCGUGAGAGGAAGAAGGUGCGCAAGCAGGAACGAGAGGCACGCAGGGCAGAGGGAAUGCUUGGCAAAAAGGCACAGAAGGCCGGCAAACGUGACUCAAAUGCUAAAUUUCCAGAAGGGAUCACGAUGGAGGAGUUGAAGUGCAAAAUUCAGACCUUCUUGGAGAAUGAUAUUCAAUGCCUAACCCUUCCACCUAUGGACAAGAAGAGCCGCAAGACUGUCCACCAUAUUGCGAUGGCAUUCAACCUAAGAUCGAAGUCGUUUGGUUCGGGUAAGACCCGUUUUCCAACUUUGACCAAAACCUCCGACCCGGCCAUCUACAAGGAGGACAGUGCGAGGGUUGCUCAAAUUAUGGACGCCGGGGGGUUUCUUUCCCAUCCUGGCAUUGGUGGUGGACGGAGGGGAGGAGGGAAGAGGGGCGGUGGGCGUGGCGGUGGUAGCGCUGGGCGUGCUCGUGGAGCGGAGGGUGUUGUCCGCCACAGAGAGGGCGACAUCGUUGGCGCAGGGGCCGCAGAACUUGGUGAAGAUAACCGUGGCCGGAUAAUGCUCGAGAAGAUGGGAUACAAAGCGGGCAUGGCUCUGGGCGCUACUAAUAAUAAGGGAAUCGUUGUUCCGCUCGCUGCCGUUGUUAAGGUGGGGAAGGCCGGUCUUGGUUAAGUCCUGAUAGUGUGUUGCUAGAGGCGUAGUAUUUGUUUCCUUUCUAUCUUGAUACCCCCUACGGUUUCAAUUGGCAGAUCCCAACUUUCACGUUUCUGGGCUUUCUACGGGAUCUAUCUUGCUCUGGCUAUCGGAAAUCCACUGAAGAUUAGGCUUGUCUUGGGUAUUCAGAGUGAUGAAACCAAAAGUAUUUCCUUUGUGAGUAUUUGGAAUUCGGGCAGUUAGAAUUGCAGAUGGCGGAAUUUGUACUGUACAGUUCGGUGAGAUAUUUGAUCAUUGGUUGUGCAUUUUACGCC